UUUGAAGAAGCAGCAUACGCGUUUUGCAACGAAGUUAUUUGCCAAAAAAAUUACAAAUACGCCACAAGAUCAUGGCUGGACGUGAAGCCGUCAAACGUGCCGUGCAACAGGUGCGUCCUAUAUUGUCCGUGGACAGGGAAGAAGCACGCAAACGUGCUCUCAACCUGUACAAGGCCUGGUAUCGUCAGAUUCCCUAUGUUGUUAUGGAAUACGAUAUUCCAAUGAGUGUCGAACAGUGCCGAUCCAAAUUGCGCGACGAGUUCGUCAAACAUCGCCAAGUGACGGACAUUCGUGUGAUCGACAUGCUUGUCAUUAAGGGCCAGAUGGAGCUAAAAGAGACAGUCGAGAUUUGGAAGCAAAAGGGGCACAUAAUGCGCUAUUGGAAGGAAUCGCAGGAUCCCAAACCCACAGAUUUUCUCUCAAAGUUUAUUCAGGGCGUUAAUUAGCUAUAAAUAAAACAAGCACUGUGCAAAUGCUUUAAGAAA